AUGAGACCUCAAACAAUACUGUUGUUCGCCCUUGUGGCCUUACUCUGCAUGGUACAGCACUCUGCAUUUGCAGCAGACGACGCUAGCAGUGCCGUAAGUAAUGAGGGCAGUGAUGCUUCGAGCAGCGAUGCUUCGAGCAGCAACAGUGAAGCUAAUACCGGCGAUGAUAAUGAUAGCGAAAGCGAAAGCGAUGAUGAUAAAACAGGUAGUGAUGCAAGUGCCAAUGAUAGCACAAGCGAUGACACAGCUGAUAAUGAUGACACAAGCAACAAUGGCAGCGAUAAUGACGACACAAGUGAUGGUGAUCUUGACGAUUCACAAACUGAAGACGAUAAUGAUAACAACCCUUCAAAUGGUAGUGCCAGCAAUCCAUCAGGAAAAAGAAGCCCGUCUAGUCAGCGCAAAGCUCAAAGAAAACGCCAAGCAGCAAAGAAACAACAACGUCAAAAACAAAAAAGGCGCCAAAACAAGAAACGUCGCCAAAACAAAAGACGUCAGAAUCAAAGACGACGUCAACAAAAUAAUAGGCGACGACGAAAUAACAGGCGCCCAGCCCGUGGUUAG